AUGCUCGUCUUAGCCCUUGGUUUCGGCAGUGCCUUGAACAACAACCUAAUGAUACUGACAAUAUUUCAAAAUGAUACCGGUAAACCUACAUACGCAUGCACCGUCCCUGAGAGGAACCUGAAGAACAUGACAAUAAGUUCGUCCAGUUGUUUCUACUGGACUUUUCCUUGGAGCAACCUGGUCAUGGGGUACUUCAGUGACCAGUUUGGAGGAAAGUAUUUGAUCAUGGUAGCAAUCAUGGGUGCUUCCAUCAGUAGCCUAUUUACGCCUUUGAUUUACAAGAAGGCUCGACCGAAUUACCACCCGUUUUUCGCAUUAAGAGCAUUCAAUGGUUUUUGUCAAGGGUUCUUGCUCCCGUCACUCUUCUCAAUUUUGGUGUAUUGGACACCCAAAAACAUGCGAACUACGAUUGUGUGCAUUGGAUUGUCGACGAGUUCCUUCGGAUACAUGGAAUGGACUUCUAUUUACUACAUUUUCGGGUCAUUGGGAGUUAUCUGGUGUGCGGUGUGGUAUGUUUUCUGCUAUUCCAGACCUUAUCUUCACCCUUUCAUUAGUGCCAGAGAAAAAAGCUUUCUAACGGAAGAACUAGGUGAAGAACAGCUGGUUUUUACUCAAAAGGAGGUACCUUGGAGGUCUAUCAUACGCAGUCGGCCCUUGUGGGCUCUAUUGAUAAACCACGUUGGAAUCAUAUGGUGCACUUAUACUUUCGGAACACGCAUGCCCGACUAUGUAAAGGAAGUUUUAAAAGUCAGUUACGAACUUCAAACCUACUGGGAACUCAUAAUGGUUUUUCCCGUGUUUGUGGCAACUAUCAUCUACGGUUGUUUCUCUGAUUGGUUGAUUGCUGAAAAACACAUCAACAUUACAGUGUUAAGGAAAUACAGCGUUGCCUUUAGUAAGUACUGCCUUUACAAACACGAUUCCUUCAAGAGGAUGUUACAACUACUCUUGGUUCUGUGGUUUUUGUAA